AUGCCAGAACCUAUGGAAGACGUCGAACGAUCCCUUCUUACAAUCCCCCUGUUCGACGUUGAGCACGAGGACAGUGCUCCUUACAAACAUCGUGGACACGAUGUGUCGUGGGCUGUCUGCCCACCGAAAUACGAUGGCAGACCGGACUUGCCCACGCUGGACAACUGGUUUCGGGAGCUUUGCGAAGAUCUUGAGAACAACAAGAUCUCGCUGAAAGAAUUCCAACGGAUUCUGAGAGAGCUCUUCAUCCCCGAAGACGCUCUCAUGGUCUAUCGACACCAGUUCCUCGAUUGUCACCAAACUGGGACAAUUCGAGAAUUUGUGUCCUCUCUCCAGCGGUUCCAAAACAUCCUGUCGCUUGACGACGGGACUGUGAAGGACCAAUUGAUACGUGGCAGUAAGCCACAUGUCAGAAAGGACUUGCGCGUCGGCAACCCGAAGUCGCUGACCGAUGCUAUUCGCAUCGCAAACGCGGCCGAGGAUGAGGUCGGCGCUCCCGGCUCGGUGUGGACAAGCUAUGCGUCCCACACCGCCACUCAUAGAGAAGCUCCUCCGAGCGACCCUAUGCACGUGGACGCUUUUGGCAUCGGCCGCUUGCCCGAUGCAGAAAUCGCGCGUAUUUUUCGUGAAAACCUGUGUUUCCGUUGCAGACAGCCGGGACACAGAGCGCGCGACUGCAGCAAGGGCAGGACGAAGAAGCCAAAAGCGAAGCCCUCCACUAGGAUCAAUGCAGCCAGUGUAACGCCUUAA